UGUUGCUCAUUUAAUCAAGCCAAGUAUUUAAGGAGUUCUCUGGCUUGGUCCUUCUGUUUGCCGUGCUCCCGGUUCUACUUCCAAGCCACAAAUUCUUCUCCACGACUCAAGCGUUCAUGUUCUCGGUUUUCGGAUUCCACCUGGUUGUCAUUAGUUCACGUUUCUGCAGUCCAAUUAUAUUCUGUCUGGAACUUUCGGGAAAUCUGACGACGCACACAUCUACACGGCUGUCGUCAGUGGAAGACCGUCGUGCUCUGCGGCAGGACCCAGUCCUUUGUCUUCAACCUGUUCUCCCCACCCACCGCCGCGGUUACCUGGUUCAAGAGUCAGUCCUCAUCAUCCCUUCCGGAAGAUCGUCAAGGUGAGAGUAUUAGCGUCGGAAGAGCUGGUGUGAAGGGAUCAGCCAUGCUUGGAGGCUUCCGCACAGAUUUGUUGGUCACAGUGACGCUUAUCUUUCUAACUCGGAGUGGAACCCAUUGCAGGGCAGAAAAUGACAUGUCAUCCAUUAAAUUACCCAACUGGAGAAGAGAUUCAGAAUACGUCACACAGUGUUCAUUCAGCAAAAGUGCCGACACGGUGUGCAACUGGGCAUCGACACACAACGGAUCAGAUACGACAACGCUGGAUACAAUAGAAAGUGAUGCGCUGGAUCAAGGCCAAGCCUGUCUUGAGUUCUGGUACUUGGCCCCUCCUAAUGCUUUGAAACUUCGAGCUUUGCUCAAAAGCACCACUGGAACCGUCGUGGAAAUCUGGAUGGCGCCUGACCUGUCCCGAGAUUCUUGGCGGCAGGUUUUUGUGCCAUUAAACAUCAUUGAGUCCGGGACGAAGGUUGUCCUUGAAGCAGUCCGAGCUGUGUCCUUGGAGACUCAGGUCACAUUUAACAGCAUUGGAGUAAGGAGUGGCUCUUGUGGACCCCAGUGUGAGCCAAACCAAGAGAUUUGGACGGACCGGUCCACUCGCUGCGUCUGCUCAGACAGGCGGCUUUAUUGCGCUCCCUCUCCGUGUCCCAAGGGUCAAAGCUGCAAUCCUCAAAUACGAAGCCCCAGGGAGGUGUCCAACACCGGGAUGUGUACAAUACAUAGCAACACAGACUGCAGCACCUUUGAUCGAGUGUUAUUCCGCUUCAUGGCCCCCUGCAACUACAUCCUGGCCAAGACCUGCUCUUCCUCUGAGGCUUUGUCCACCUUCAGCGUGGAAGUGCUCAAUGAGCAGGAUGGGAAUUCAUCACUUCCAGCUGUGCGGCAGGUCAUCGUGACUGUGGGGAAUGACAGAGUGUCUCUUCUGAAACGGCAGACGCGCAGAGUUGUGGUCAACGGGAUCUGGAGGAAUCUUCCACUCAGCUUCCGGAGUAAGACAAUUAAAAUCAAGAGUAACCAGGCAGCGGUUGUACUUGAAACCCGCUUUGGCCUGUCCGUGUCAUACGACAAUGCAGGGGAUGUACAUAUAUCUCUGCCAAGCGUUUACUCUGAGAAAGUCUGCGGCUUAUGUGGAAACUUUAACCAUCUCCAAGAAGAUGACUUGAGAAAUCCUGACGGAGCACCUGCACGCGAUGCCACAGAUUUGGCGAACAGUUGGCAGAGCAGGCAAACAAACUCCACCUGUGACACAAGUCUAGUUCCUCAUCAGUGUGACCCUGUGGAAGAGACCGAGUAUGGCAAUGAGCUAAACUGUGGAGCCCUCCUGUCCAGUACUGGGCCGUUUGCAGCGUGCCGAUCCUUUCUGCGAGCCGAAAGCUACUUCAGGGGAUGUUUGAACAAAAUGUGCUCCGCUCACGGUGACCCUUCGGUGCUCUGUGAGACAUUGGGGAAGUACGCCGACACCUGCGGGGAUGCUGGAGUCGCUGUGCCUGCGUGGUGGAACUCUACAAUCUGCCCUCCACAGUGUGGUGAGAACAGUCAUUACAACUCGUGUGCCCGGGGAUGUCCCGACGUGUGCUCCAUCCAGGACAUCCUGGGAUCUUGUGGAAGGUGUGAGGAAAGGUGUGAGUGCGACGAAGGCUUCAAACUCAGCGGGGGCAAAUGCGUUCCAGUAGAGGAGUGUGGGUGUUGGCAUGAAGGCAAACACUAUGAGAGAGGCCAAACGAUCUUGGAAGGAGAGUGUUUGCAGCUGUGCCGCUGCAUGGGCGGCAAUAAUAUCCAGUGCACUAAAAUGCAAUGCGCCAGAAGUGAAGUUUGUAAAGUGGAGGACGGGGUCAAAGGAUGCUUCCCGAUCGAACCCGCCACCUGUAGCGUGUAUGGCGAUCCGCACUAUGUCACAUUUGACGGGAUGGCGUAUGACUUUGAAGGAGGAUGCAGUUACACUUUGGCUACCACAUGUGGAGCGGGGAGCUCAGUCCAUUUCACGGUGACCGGUCACAACAUGCAUCCUCCGCUUCAUAACUUCACCCGGUCCAAGCUGGAUGCUGUGACUCUACAAAUUGAGGAUUUGCACCUCACGUUGAAUCAGAGCGCCAAAGUGUAUGUCAAUGCAACUUAUGUGGAACUGCCUUAUUCCAUUACCGCAUCUUAUGGGUCUGUCUGGGUUUAUGAGAAUAACAGCUACGUUGUCUUGGAGACGAGCUUUGGACUAAGAAUGGUGGUCGAUGGGAAGAACAGGUUCUUCUUGCAGGUGGAUGAGAGCUACAAAUAUCAACUGUGCGGCCUGUGCGGUACCUACUCCGAACAGCAGGAUGAUGACUUCAUCAAGCCAAGCGGCCAAAAUGCCACAGACCCGUUUGAGUUUGCCGAUAGCUGGAGGGCCCCGCACCGUAACGAAUGCGUUUCCCAUCCAAACGAUCCCCAACGCUGUGAAACUGCGGAAGAGGAGAAUGAGGCUUACGCCGAGUGUUUCGCCAUCUUCGGGGCUCCCUUCAAGCCCUGCCAUGAAACCAUUCACCCGAGCGUCUACAUCAAUAGUUGCGUUCACGACUAUUGUGCCACGAGUGGCAACCAACACACCUUGUGUGAAUCACUUCAGUCCUAUACGGUUGCUUGCCGUGUGGCAGGAGUGACGCUACCCGAUUGGCCAACAGGUUCACCCUGUGCCGAAUCCCAAACGACAGAAAAUCCUCCAAUAACUUCGCCCUCUCCAACUCUUCCAUCUCAAACACCAGAGCCUGUUUCGUGUCCCCUAAACUGUGACUUUGAGAAAAAUCUGUGUGGCUGGCAGCAACUCAUACAGGACACCUUUGAUUGGACGAGAUAUUCCGGUGCCACCCCGACAAUCGGAAGCGGGCCAAAUCACGACCACACCACUGGCGGGGGAUUCUAUAUGUACAUCGAGGGCGACAGUGUAACGCAAGGAGACCCAGCUCGUCUGUUGAGCUCAGAGUGCCACUACAGUGGCCCGGUCUGCCUCCAAUUCUGGUACCAUAUGUACGGCUCUGCCACGGCCAUGACCCUUAAUAUGUACCUGCUCCAAGGAAAUAUAGCUACCAAGAUAUGGUCCAUAAAAAAUAACCGCGGGCAAGAAUGGCAUCUAGGACAAGUCGAUAUCGAUGUCUUCAAUCCUUUUCAGAUCAUUGUGGAGGGCAUCAGAGGCUCCGAUGCUCUAUCAGAUGUGGCAAUCGAUGACAUUUCCAUCCAGUUCCACUCUUGCUCAAGUAGUCUGGGAGGUGGAACGGGACCUCCCUUAACUACAGAAGUCUUUCCCUCCGACCCAGUUUGUAGCCUGAAUUGUAGCUUCGAUCGGGAUUUCUGCGCCUGGAAACAGAUGAUAACGGAUGCUUUUGACUGGACAUGGCAAAGUGGUUCUACGCCGACCCUAAUGACGGGCCCCUCCUCUGACCACACUGGAGAUGGUCACUACCUCUACAUUGAGGCCAGUACAGUGUCACAUGGCGAUACAGCUCGUCUCAUCAGUUCCGAAUGUACUGCCUCUGGUCCUCAGUGUCUGCACUUCUGGUACCAUAUGUACGGCUCGGCCGAUACUAUGGGACUCCAUCUAUAUUUACUGCAGGACAAAAAGGCUGAUGCCAUUUGGUGGAAAAGGAAUGAUCAAGGAAAUAUGUGGCACUUGGCUCAGGUGGACCUGACAGUUGCAGGAGCUUUCCAGAUCAUCAUAGAGGGGCGCAGGGGCUCCAAUAAAGAAUCUGAUGUCGCGAUAGAUGAUGUAACACUUUACCAUGGACAGUGUUCAGAUCGAUUCCCUGUUCCAUCUUGGCCCCCCGUGGCAAACGCCACACAACAUCCUGUCAUUGAAGCAACGACGAAUUUGAUUAUUGAUGGCAUCGUUCGUGGAGCUGCACAGAGCGGACCACCACAGUCAGAAUGCCAACUCAACUGUAAUUUUGACCAAGACCUAUGCCAAUGGGAGCAGCUGGUUACCGAUGCAUUUGACUGGGCACGCCAUAGAGGCUCAACCCCUACCCUCAUGACUGGGCCCUCUUCAGAUCACACCACAGAAUAUGGCCACUAUCUUUACAUUGAAGCCGACAACGCAUCACAUGGAGACACAGCUCGUCUCAUCAGUUCACAGUGCUCUGCUUCCGGUCCUCAAUGUCUGCAAUUCUGGUACCAUAUGUCCGGCUCGGCCGACACUAUGGGCCUCCAUCUAUAUUUACUGCGGGACAAAAAAGCGGAUCCUAUUUGGUGGAAGAGGAAUGAUCAAGGAAAUAUGUGGCACUUGGCUGAGGUGGAUUUGACUGUGAAAGGAGCUUUCCAGAUCAUUAUUGAGGGGCGCAGAGGCUCCAAUGAAAGAUCAGAUGUCGCCAUAGACGAUGUGACACUGUACAAUGGCCAUUGUUCAGAGCUAAGUGGUGUGGUGACGACGCACAAUCCCAAACCUGAAGGAAACCAUACGAUUCCUCCAAGUAUCACAACGCCUGUGACUGCAGUCACGGAGCUUCCGGCAGUCAACGUUACGGAUCAACGCCCUGCUACAGCUCGGCCACCCGGAGCAAACGCCACGGUGGCUGCUGUCACUGAAGCAACAACAAAUGGAAUUAUGAGUGACAAUGUUCCUGAGGAUGCACAGAACAGAAGACCACCUCACUCGGUGUGCCAACUCGGUUGUAAUUUUGAGAAAGAUCUAUGCCAGUGGAAGCAGCUGGUCGCUGAUGUCUUUGACUGGACAAGACAAAGUGGCUCAACCCAUACACUCAUGACUGGGCCCUCCUCAGAUCACACCACAGGACAUGGCCACUACCUUUACACUGAAGCCAACGGCCCAUCACUUGGAGAUACAGCUCGGCUCAUCAGCGCCGAGUGUUCUGCCACUGGUCCUCAGUGUCUGCACUUCUGGUACCAUAUGUACGGCUCGGCUGAAACCAUGGGCCUUCAUGUCUAUUUGCUCCAAGACAAAAAGGCUCAAGCUAUUAGUUGGACCAGGAAUAAUCAAGGGAAUAUGUGGCGUCUGGCUCAGGUUGACUUCACCGCAACUGGAUCUUUUCAGAUCAUUUUUGAGGGUCGACGAGGUUCUAAUGAGCAGUCAGAUGUGGCCAUCGAUGACAUUUCCCUUUACAGCGGGCGCUGUUCAGACCUGGCGGAACCUACUACCCCUGCAUCCAUGACAACUCCUUCAGUUACAACGGAAGGUUUGGAACCUACGGCAGGAAACGUAUCAACGACACAACCCCCAACUUCGACAGUAAAAACAACAACGCACACAACCGAUUAUGAAACGCAAACAAUCACACCGACGACAACUCCGAAUUCCAAUGUGAACGUCUCAAUCGAAACCCCUGCCGCGACCACCACGAUUGAACCUCGGACAACCGUCACAGCUCGCCCAUCAUCAACCAACCAUCCUGUCGACGAAGGAACCGAAGAUCCGGGACCCGAACCAACAACUGAAGAAGUGACGGCACCCAUGACGUACCCUCACACCACAACUCGACCCACACCUCUAACAACAGAAAGCUUCGAUCCGACAACUGGAUCACACCCGGAAACUCCAAACAAAACUCCACCAGUAACAGUCGACGAAGGAACCGAAGAUCCGGGACCCGAACCAACAACUGAAGAAGUGACGCCACCCAUGACGUAUCCUCACACCACAACUCGACCCAUACCUCUAACAACAGAAAUCUUCGUUCCGACAACUGGAUCACACCCGGAAACUCCACCAGGAACACCAGAACCUCCAUCAACCACGAGUCCUGAACCUCAGCCUCCAAACGCAACAACUGAACCACAAUCGACAAUGACCCACAAACCACAACAUCCGAAUGCAUCUCAACCGGCGACAACCGGGAGACCACAGCCCCCAACGACACCUGAAUCGACAGCACCUCCCUGCCGACAGAAUAGUCAUUACAGCGCUUGUAUCCCGGCCUGCGGUCCGACCUGCAGAUUUUUGAACGGUCCGCCGCAUUGUAACGACAGCGCGGUUUGCGAGCCGGGGUGCGUGUGUGACGACGGCUAUGUGCUGAAGCUGGGAGUUUGUGUGCCGAUCCGACAAUGUGGAUGCGUGGACAGAGAUGGCAAUAAGUACGCGUUGGGACAAGUGUGGUACACCAAACACUGCCGUCACAAAUGUAGAUGUGAGAAGGAGGAGGACGCCGCGGCGAUUGAGUGUGAUGAAGAAGAGUGCGACGGAAAUGAUGUUUGCCUUCAAAAUGAAGAGGGGCAUUAUUACUGCCGCAAAACGGGUUUUGAUGAGUGCAGAAUCAAUGGAGACCCCGCGUACAGGACCUUUGAUAACAUGAAGCAUGAUUUUGAGGGAGAACACUCCUAUGUGCUGGUCCGAACCAGAAACCUGCCCAGUAAUGUCCAGGAUGUUUACAUAGAGGGUAUCAAUACACCAGAUGGUGAUGAUAAUGAUGAUGAUGAUGAUGGUGAUCAAAGCAGUGAAGAAGACAGCGACGAGGAUGAAAGUAACGAUCAUGAAGAACACCACGGAUUGCAAAGUCUCAAGAUCAAAGUGUACAAUCACACUGUGGAAUUCAAGAAGCUUCAGAAGUUGUUUGUGGAUGGACGGAGAACUAAGACACCUGUUUCACCCUCGCUUGGUCUAAACAUUAGGAAGCAUUUGUCUCACAUUUAUCUCACGACCGACUUUGGUCUUUCUGUCAAGUUUGAUGGACACAGUGACGCAGAAAUCACGCUACCACGAACAUACAAACGAAAAGUGGGAGGCCUGUGCGGAAACUUCGACGGGAGAAUUUUGAAUGACAGGAUGAAACCGGACGGCACCGUGGCCAAGUCCGUUCAAGAAUUUGGGGAGAGCUGGAGAGUGUGACAAAGUAAUCGAUGAGAAAACUGCAGUCCUAAAAGCCUGUCGGGAUAUCACUGAUCCACAAUGUCUACCCUCAUCUGAGUUGUUAUUUUCUUCACACCGAGCUACAAUCUGAAGAGUCAAUCGCAUGUAUCGGUGUACACGGUUAACAUCAUGCUUGUUGGUACCAUGCCUGAAUUCAUUAAACUCAACUGGCUAUACCACAA